AUGGGUUUCUUCAGUAGUAUUGGAAACUUCUUCAGAAGAGUUGGAAGAGGUAUAUGGAAUGGAAUAAAAUCUGUCGGAAGAGGAGUAUGGAACGGAGUCAAAAAUAUUGGUAAAAGAGUAGGUCAGUUUGUUGGUAUUAUACCUAAAGACCCUGAACCAGAAGAACAAGCUCCUGUAAUACAACAGCCUGAACCUGCACACAGUCUAGUUGGCAACCAAAUCCAACACCUCAACCGUAUUAA